UCUUUUUCCCUUUGUUUAGAAAUUUCGUCUUGUUCCUUUGGACCAUAAACAUUUCCUCGAGAAGUAAAAGAGUCCUUUCCCUCUUCACUAAAAUCCCAAGUUUUGUCAACAAUUCAAUAUCACAUCAUAUAUGUGUACAUACAAUUACACACAGGGAGAAAUGGGUUGCAGAAACGGCGGCCUGAGGGUGGAAGAGAACCACGCGAUGGCGGCUUCACUGACAGUGAGCGAUGCUUUGCUAUUCGCAACCAUGUGCAUCGUUGAGCUCCCAGUGGAUGUUCAUGCAAAGGAUGGCUCUAUUUAUACUGGAAUUUUUCACACCGCCUGUGUCGACAAGGAUUAUGCUAUUGUGCUGAAGAACGCAAGGAUGAUUAAAAAGGGAAACCGAGCUGCAAAUGUUGCAAAUGAUAGUAUGAUAGAAACGCUUGUAGUUCGGUCAGAAGAUCUUGUCCAAGUUGUUGCUAAGGGAGUUCCUAUUCCUUCAAAUGGAGUUUCUGAAUGUGUAAGGAGAGAUGGUUUAGAGGCUAUGGCAGGCAUAAAUGAGUGUUCGAAGAGGGAGGCAAAAGCUAACGAGUCCAAUGGAGAUAAAAAGCACAGAAGCGAGACAAGGUUAGCCAGCUCAGAGAAUGAUUUUGCAUCUGAUGUGGAAAAUCACUCGAGCAGAUCCAUAGAAGAAGAAAAUGAGAGAUCAGAUGGCAUUGAUUUUGAAAAGACUGUUUGGGGAUGUCUUGGGGGAAAAAAGAUCAAUCACAGAGAGAACACUGAGUUUCAAGAUGAAAAAACUACCUGUGAAGUUCAACGCUCAAGUUUAAGCUUGGGUGCUUGUCUACCUCAAUCAACUGUUGCUGAGAAUAUAUUGGGGGAGACGGAUGUUCAAAAACACUGAAAAGAUUAUCUUCUGGUAGUCAUGCUGCCUCCAUGGUCAAACUGGAUAUACAGAAUCCGAAGGGGCCCACUUCAGAAGAGACUAAAAGUCCAGAUGCUCUUUCAUCUUGUGUUCCUGUAGCUGCCACACCAACCGUGGUUGUUUCUUCAGAGUCAAACCCAAGUUCAUCCUCUGCUUCUACUCCGUCAGUGCCUCCAAAAGGUUCCAAUUUAAAUAGAACUGCUAAGGAAUUCAAGCUCAAUCCUCAAGCAAAAAUAUUUUCUCCCUCACCGUUGCACCAUUCAUCAGUGACUCUUCCUGCAGUGCAAACAGAAGCAAGUGUUACUUACGUGCCAGAAGUCUACGCCAUGGUACCAGUUGCUACUGCAGAAGACGAACAUGACAUCAGUUUGUUUGCCUAUGACGUUUGUCCCAUGCAAUGAUGUCAUCAUUGGAAAUGGUAGCAGUGAUGCACCAUAUGCCCAACCUAUUAUUGCAGGACGAGUGGGGUCUCUUGUAUGGUUAUAUCCCAUUUCGGACACCAUUCAGAGUGCAGCAGGGUAUUCUCAAGCAGGCUCAGAACCACUCGACUCCACAUCACAUGUAUCUUACUAAGCACCAAGAUUCAGAUCUAAUGAAACAUAUGCCGCCCUAUUCGUAGUUACCAUUACACAUGGAUGGGCCUGGGCGAUAGUUAUGAUUCAAUGUGCAGUCGACUAAGUGACAGACGAGGUGCCUGUCCAAAAAUAAUGGAAAACAAAGAGAAAAUGAAGACUUUAUACUUCAAGAGAAUAAGGAUGAAGCUCAUUUCAGCUUAUAGCUCUCUCCUCUGUCCAGAUUUUUUCUUUUUCCCCAUGUAUUAAUGUACUGUAUACAGUAUUGAUUGUACGUACUCGCAUAUAUCGAGCUAUAACCUGUCGUCACUUGGGUAAUUGCCAACGUGUUUGGACCAAAAUUGGUGCCAUAGCUGUUGGUUAGUGCCUCAGAGGGUGGCUGCGAUAUGUCGUUAAUUAAUUAUGGGAAAUAAAUGAGAUAUUUUA